ACUAAACUGUCCCGGAUUGUAUUUAGAUGUUUGUUUUGACUAUUGUGGAAACAUGGUGUGUCUACGUUUGUGCUUUGUUAGAAAUACAGUUUUCCCUUGCAUUGCAUAUUUACAUUCUAAAUUAAUGGUUUCUUCAUUCUUGGCCUUGCAAAUCCACAAUGUGAAAUGGAACUUGACUCGUUGGAGUUUGGAAGUGUGUGAUCAGUAUGCCAUCAGUCCUUCACACUCUUUCCUACUUUGUGACGCUGCGAAAAUAUGAUUUUAUUUAUUAUUUUGAGCUUGUAUUAAUGCUUGUAAGAUGAUUUUUAAAGUUUUAUGAUUUUUAUGCUUUGCUAUGAGAAAAUAAUCAAAUUAUGAUUGAGAUAAGAGUUUUGCGAAUCAUAUGUAUCGUUGUGCUUUUUUUAGGUUCUGCAGCAACAACAGCGAUAUGAAAGAGAAAUUGCCUUGGCUGAGAUUGAAAACAGUCGCAAAAUGUUAAUUGACAAGCUCUCUGAGUACAAAGGUAAGGAAUUGGAAGUGAUACAUGAAGCUUCCACUUUUGCUAGUGAAACAGUGGAGCACAGCAAUGAUCUACUACUUCCUCCAUAUCCUAGCCGCCCUCCCUACUCUGUGUCUAUGGACAAGGAAUAUCUCUCGCAGAUUCCUUCCGUGAACAAGUCUGGUCGCAAUGGGUUAAUGACGCUUGAUCCAAUGAUUGAGACCAACAAGAAUCUCCGUGAAAAAGAUCAAAAUCUCGUUGAAAAUGGGGCUAAAAAUUCGAGAAAAGGAUUGGGAUUUUUUAUAACUUCUGCAGCCAAAACAAUGCUCACGGUAGCUGGCGUGGUAUCAAUAUUAAGUUUGUCUGGUUUCGGGCCUAAGUUAGGCACACGUUUCAGCGUGCAAGGCUGGCGUCACAGAGUAGAAAAUGUGGAGAGAUCUACAACUAAAAAUGGGGGUGAGAGACCAAGUACUCAGUGUCCACCUGGGAAAAUAAUGGUGUGGGAAAAUGGGGAAGCGCGAUGCCUAGUGAAAGAGAGGGUUGAAAUUCCAUUUUCAGCUGUUGCUGCAACUCCUGAUAUAAACUAUGGAUGUGGUUGACAAUGGCUUUUGUACUCUGCAUUGUAUAUCAGUUCACUUUCUUCUCCCUUUCUUUUGUUCCUUCGUUCUA